AUGGCGGAGCCCCCCAUUGUUCUCGAUGGAGGUACCGGUUUCCUGAAAGUCGGAUAUGCGGGUCAGAACUUCCCCGAACACCAGUUCCCCUCGAUAGUGGGGCGGCCGAUUCUCAGAUCAGAGGAGCAGGCUGGGGAUAUUAUCGUGAAGGAUAUUAUGUGUGGUGAUGAGGCUGCCGCUGCUAGAUCGAUGCUACAAAUCAGCUAUCCUAAGUGGGAUGAUAUGCAACAUCUAUGGAACUAUACGUUUUACGAUAAAAUGAAAAUUGAUCCCACAGGCCGGAAGAUCCUCCUUACCGAACCUCCUAUGAACCCCCUUAAAAACAGAGAGCAGAUGUGCGAGGUGAUGUUUGAGGGUUACAACUUUGGGGGAGUAUAUGUUGCUAUACAGGCAGUUUUGGCCCUCUAUGCGCAAGGCCUCAGUAGUGGUGUUGUAGUUGAUUCAGGCGACGGCGUCACACACAUCGUUCCGGUAUAUGAGUCCACAGUGCUAAACCACCUAACGCGCCGUCUAGACGUUGCUGGCCGCGAUGUUACACGCAACCUCAUCGCCCUCCUCCUCCGCCGCGGCUACGCACUUAACCGUACCGCUGACUUCGAGACCGUGCGCCAAAUCAAAGAGAAGCUCUGCUACGUAUCCUACGACCUGGAGCUUGACCAGCGCCUUUCAGAAGACACAACCGUGCUAGUGGAAUCAUAUACCCUCCCAGAUGGCAGAGUGAUCAGAGUUGGUAGUGAGCGGUUUGAAGCGCCCGAGUGUCUUUUCCAGCCGCAUCUUGUUGAUGUCGAGCAACCUGGCAUCGCAGAAUUCUUAUUCAACACCAUCCAGGCUGCGGAUGUUGAUGUGAGGAGUAGCUUGUAUAAGGCUAUUGUUCUCAGCGGAGGUAGCAGCAUGUAUCCCGGUCUGCCAUCAAGACUUGAAAAGGAACUGAAACAACUCUGGUUGACAAGGGUGCUGCAAGGGAACCCGGAGAGACUAAAUAAAUUCAAAGUCCGCAUCGAAGAUCCGCCUCGAAGAAGACACAUGGUCUUCCUUGGCGGUGCCGUCCUCGCAAACCUUCUCGCAGACAAAGACAACAUGUGGAUCUCCAAAGAAGAAUGGCAAGAACAAGGCCCCGGUGCCCUCACCAAGCUUGGCCCAAGAUAG